GGAUUGCAAUAUGUUCAUAAACGCUUGAUUGAGCUCUAAAAUUCUUCUAUGUAAUUAAUUGUUUCACUAUUCAAGCUUAGUUUUCACCAGAGAUUUGGAUUAUUUUUAAAUUGAGGUUUAGUUUCCAAUAAAAUAAUGUACUUGACCAACUUCUUUGUCGCAGGUGUUUUCCUUUUUACUUGUUGGACACCAAGGACGUUCUCAUCAAUUGUGCCGCUUCCAGAUGGGAACUCACCCGCGCAGGAGUUGCUCAUGUUUGGAGACAUCCAGAAAGACGAAAAGCUAGGCGGAGAAAACUCUUCGACAGGGGAAAACAGUGAGAUGAUGCCAAAGACAGGAGCAUCGGCUGCUAAAAAUGAAGACUCCUUCACAACAGCGCACGACGUUGUGAGUGAUAACCUCUCACAAGGAGCAGGGGGAGGAGCAGGACAAAGCGGGUCAAAAGGAAAUAGAAACAUUGGAGGAAUGGCGGAUAACAUGGAAAACGCUGGAGCUGUCGCAGGUAACUUGCAAAACAUGCCUGAAGUAGAUGUGGCUGAAAAUGAAGCAGGAAACAAUGACACUGAGAGUCUUGAGGAAAGCCUGAACAGAACUAUCACUGGAGAUUCACAAGUUGUUGAAGGAGAAGGUGAAAAGGGAAGUAGUGGUGAACAAACCAAGAAUGGCGAUAAUGAUGAAGACGAAGAUGAAGAAGAUGAAGAAGAUGAAGAUGAUGACGAUGAAGAUGAAGACGAUGAAGAUGAAGACGAUGAAGAUGAAGACGAUGAGGAAGAUCAGAACAGUGGUAACGAAGGCGGAGGAAACAAUGGUAACGGCGACCAUGACUCAGAGAAGAAUUCAAACAAAACCGAUGAAGCAAAUAGUGAAGAUUAGAAUGAAUUAGAAACAAAAAUCGCAUUUCUUACUUCGACUUUGUGGGACUGAUGAAAAGGACUCAAUAAAAAAGAUCCAAGAUCAAGUGUGGCCUGGUUAUGGGAACUUUGAUUGUAUUGGAUUUACUAAAAUGCAUGGAAUCUAGUAUUUCUAACUGUUAUCAGUAAUCAAUGCAGAUAUGAAUAAAUAAUCAGACUAUGUUUUUAUUUGUA